UUUUUACCUUUACAACCCCUUUAAUUUAUUUCUUUAUGCCGUCUGUGAAAUGCAAAGCAGGACACGGAGGAGGAUCCUCGGAGCCGGGCUCAGGUGCCAAACUUGGGAACCUUCCCAGAGAGUGACAGAAGAAGAAUUACACGGGAACACGUCGGGGACGUUGGCUUGAAGGUUCCGCCCAUGAUUAUGUGGAAGGUCAGCUCCAGUAAACUGGCCACUCUUCUACUGAUGGCCGCCCAAACUGCCGGAUUCUUCAUGAUAAUAAUGAAGAUGCAUUUUAAUCCCCUUCCCGCGGUGCCCACACAAGAUCAGACUCACCUCCUCAUCCUAUCCUCCUGGAGAUCCGGCUCCUCGUUCACCGGCCAGCUCUUCAGCCAACACCCCGACGUCUUCUACAUGAUGGAGCCGGCUUGGCACGUGUGGACUAAAAUGGGCCAGAACAAAGUUGAGGUUUUGCACAUGGCGGUCCGGGAUCUCAUCAGGUCCGUAUUCCAUUGCGACAUGUCGGUGUUCGAUGCCUACAUGCCCCGUCAAAGAACCAAGUCCCAUCUGUUUCAAUGGGAGACCAGCCGGGCCUUGUGUUCCCCGCCUGCUUGCUACGCCUUUAACCGCAAUGACAUCAUACCGCAAUUGAGAUGCAAGGAAUUUUGCACCAAGUACCCGUUCGACACCAUUGAAAAAGCGUGCAAGUCCUAUAAUCAUAUUGUGGUCAAGGAAGUGAGAUUUUUUGAUUUGAAAGUGCUUUACCCAUUGCUCGAAGAUCCAUCUCUGAACCUAAAAAUCCUCCAUCUGGUGCGGGACCCGCGCGCCAUCUUUCAGUCUCGCGUGGAAGUGACUCCACAGUUGGCACCAGACACCAACAUCAUGCUAAGGGGGACCACAGGCAGCAAAAACGAUACUUCCUUUAGAGCGAUGGAAAAGGUUUGUAAGAGCCAAGCUGAGAUUUAUGAGACCGCCAUGUUUGGAAUUCCCAGCAAACUCCAAAAGCGCUACAUGAUGGUGCGCUAUGAGGACAUUGUCCGAGACCCGCUGGGGAGGGCCAAGGAGGUCUAUGAGUUUGCCAGGCUUCCUUUUAACCCAAAACUUAAAGACUGGAUCCAUAAUAUGACACAUGGAAAGGGACGUGGACCAAACUUUGUCAUCUCCUCUCGAGAUGCGCAAAACACCUCCAGAGCCUGGCGGAUGGCGCUCCCGUUUGAGAGCAUCGGAAGGGUUCAAAGCAUUUGUAGAGAAGCGAUGGCGCUGUUCGGGUACAGAAUGCUAGAGAGUGCAAAGGCGCAAAAAGACUUUUCUUUGGAUAACGUGCUACCGAUCCCAUAAUGAGACAAGACUGGAAUAAAAAAUGUCUGCGCAGGUCAUAAAUAUGAAAGAUAUUUCAGCCUUUUUAAAGGUUUAUUUACAGUAUAUUGUACAUAUAUCUAGAUCUAUUCAUUCAUUUAAAAAUGUUUACAUAUAAUAAAAAUAUAUAUAAAA